CGUCGCAGGAAGCUGCACCCAGGCACGCACCGGGCCGCGUGUGGACUGCGCGCGCGUGACACACAACGCCGGGGUGCGUGCACGUGCAAACAGAACCCGGAACACGCACGCGGUGACGUUGGCAUCACUCCCCAACCCCACCACCACCAACAACAACACCACCACCAACACCACCACCCCAGCUCGGCAUUUCUCACUGCGCAGCUGUUCGCUCGUCGUCUGCAUUGCAGCGUAAUAACCUCGCCAGAACGCACGCACACACACACACCCCGAUCUUCGCAGCGAACUAACUCAACGGCACGUGCAACAGCUCUGAAACGCACAUCGUCAACAACAGUAACACUUGCUUCCCCACCCCUCCCCCCGUCUCUCACUGCAUGCCUAACUUAACAACUUAACAAAGCAUAAACACAGCGAUACGUACGCAACACACCAGCGGGGCGUGCACAGCACACGCGUUAGCUCAUAGAAGCUACCACCCAGGGACACCAUCGGUCAUGAUGGAACCCGCUGACAUGAAGGCGGACGCCUUGGGCGACGUGGCAAAGAGGCAAGCGGCCGAGAAGAAGCAACAGGAGGAGGAGGACAAGAAGAAGAAGAAGAUGGAGAAGCAUGAAGAUGGUGAAGAGGUGGCACUCGGGGACGACCCCCAAGCCGGGCAAGGCGGCGGGUCUAGUCCGGCGGGUGCGGGAAGUUCCACCCCGGGGCCGGCGGCCGGGGGGGUCACGGCGGCGGGAGUGGCGUUGGGCGGUGGGCCCGACCGGGAGAAUGCGGUGAUCGACGAGAAGACCGUGCAGGACUACAGACUUCGCAAUUUCUUCGUCUUCAGGCCUGGAGCAUUCGAGCAAGCAGUGAACGACAUCAAAGUAUCCGUCUUGCACACCGUGGACGACGGGGAGAUACAAAGCGUCUGGCUCCUGGCAGAGGUGGACCACUGGAACAACGAGCGCGAGCGGAUUGUGUGCCUGUCCGAGCGCUCUCUGCUCAUCGUCAAGUACGACUUCGUGACGCUGCGCUGCGAGAGUGCACGGCGCGUGCCGCUCAACUUCAUCGACACCAUCUCGUUCGGAGAGUUCGCCUUCCCACCCAAGUCCCUGCUCAACCGAGAGGGCCACGGAUUACGUGUGCACUGGGACAAGCUCCGCGAGCCGACUUUCCUGUCCCGCUGGAACCCGUGGUCAACGGAGUUGCCCUACACAACCUUCACGCACCACAUCAUGGCCAACGCUGAUCCCAACAUGGCUCCCGUCUGCCAGCUGGAGAAAUUUCGCGAGGCGCUGAUCGAGGCUACCAAGCGAGCUCACACGGCCAACCCCAUCCCAGGUCGUGCCAACGGUGUGCUCGUGCUAGAAAAGCCGGUGCUUAUCGAGGCAGUUGUGGGCCUCAUGUCGACCAUCAACAACCAGAGCCGCCUUGGCUACUGCCUGGCACGUGGCAGCGUCGGCUUUUAAGGCUGGGGGAUUGGCCGGGACGCGGCCACCCCUUCCGUGCUUGCCCCUAGAUCUCCACCCAUCCUGGUUUCCCAAGAUUGUCCUCAUUAUACAAGGUGUCUGUCCUGGGGAAAUCUGCACAUCUUCCCAGGACACAAACACCCCUUUUCCACUGGCACAUCAGGGUCGUGUCAUCACCGUGUUGACGAGACCGGCCAUUGCGGCCCAGGAGGCUCCAGGUUGUUUUUAGUCUGCAAAAGCAGAACUGUGUUCCUGACGUAACACACAAUGUGUGAUGUUGUGCCACAGUCCUCGAAGUGUACCAAUUAAUGGCACACACAGUUAACACAUUAGCCCCGUCCCUGGCUCUGCUUGGCCCCAAGCCAGAUGCUGUCAUCUUGAGGCCAGAUUUUCAGCAUUUGGUUCCAGGCUCAGCCUGGCAAAAUCGCCAAUGGAAAACCACCCAUACUGCAAUGGCUUGGAUGUGCCAGUGGAAAUGGGGUAUAAAAGGCUCCGUUUGUGAAUUACGUAACAAUUCACCACGUGAGACAGUGUUUUUCCCCUCUUGAGGUAUUCUUUUUGCCAUGUCCCUGAUUUUUUGUACUUCAUAGGUGGCAACCCUAGCACGUGUGCUCCCAGCCAUUGCAACACACAUGGGUGUGUCAAGACAGCACUGGGUGGGUAGGUGGGUCACCACUCUACAUGUUAGCAUCUUGCCAAUAGUCUGAACGUUUACCCUUUUUUCUCAUGGCUUCCCUAUUGUGAUGUCUAGAUUUACUUAUGUGACGUGAACUGAAAAAUUACCUUUGGCAAAGUGCAAAUCGCUUUCAAAUGUUGCAUUGCAGAACUAAUUUGUACAAGGUUUUACUCCUGCGUGACUACAGUUAUAUGAAAAGGGGGGCAGUGGGGGGGGCCCUUUGAUUAAUCAAUGGUGUAGCUAUCCAGCAUGUAGGUGGUGCAACUACACUGGGGUCCUAUGAGCCAGAAGAUCCCAGGCAAUGAAGAGGGGAAAUUAGAUGGGUACCGCACCACCCAUUACAUUCCUUUAUGCAAGGUCCCCAUACCACCCACGGUAUGCCACUGGGUGGCUGAAGACAUGGUUUUUGAGAUUGCCAAAGUGAAGCCAUUGCAUCUGGUGGUGGGUUGAUCAGUGUGUGGUACACUCUGGACUUACCAAUAACUGUUACCAGCAGUGUCAAGUUAGACUUUAGUGGAGGCUGGUGAAGGAUGCUCCUGGGCAGUUAAAGGCAGAUGCCCUCCAGCAACAACGGAGGGCAGAGUGGUGCUCACAAGACGAGGGACUAAAAAACAGUUAGCAUAGUAGGGGGCACAGAUGGUGCAUCGGCCAGUCAACCCAUGGCACCUGGAUUAAAGUGCAUUUCGCCUGAAACUUAGUGGCAAAUGACGGUUGGUGGUACUGUGGAACAACUCUCAUGCCCCAUCUCAUGAAUGCAGGCCCUCACUGACCCAGGUCGAUCUCACUUUUAGAACAAAUUGCUGAAGCCUUGUAUUAUGAAGGCGUUGCAUGUAAAAAAAAAAUUGCUUCCUUCUGUCUUGUGAAGUGGCCAAUUCCAUGCCAAGUGGCCUUAAAAAGCUAGUGCUUUAGGUGUUUUUUUGCCAAAUAAAGUUGUGGUCACAGGGCCUAGUGGGCUGGACAGGACAAGCCUUGGAGAUUGUGCCUUUGUUAGUUACCCACUCGACACUUAAUCUUUCAACUAUAUUUCUUCACUUUUAAUUAAAAGGUAAAAUCUACCUGCAAUUUAAACACUUGUACUUUUGGUUUGAAGACGUUCUGAACAGAUGGGCUGGUAUUAGAAGCUUUGUUAGUCACAAAUAAUGAAAGGGUAAUCAUGCAAGUAUUGUUAAGAGCUGUGGUUGGAUGUUUUUAAAUGCCAAAUGUUGACUUUGUUUUCAAAUUAAAGUAGGUAACUGUACUUGGUAGAUAUUCCACACAGCUUGUUAAUGUUAUAUUUUCCUUAGUUUCCCUGUAAAUUUGGUGUAUUUAAAAAAAAAAUACGUGUUUGAGUUAUUACAAAUUUCCUCCCUCCCAUAUUGUAUUUACCAUCUUAAAGCUUAUGUAAAACAAGUGUAUUACUUGGAUGCAUCGAUUUAUCUUGAACACACAUCAGGUGGUAGGUGUGCAACAAAUUGUUCCAGCAAAUGCAUUGUGCUGUGAACCUGGCAUGGAGUUAGUCCACCAUUGCUGGGAAUGUGGCACGUUAAAAGCAGUCCUGGAUAUCUCCAACGAAACUCAACCAGCAAAGUAUGCUUAAAAAUAGCCCUGUUCAUCCAGUAGUAAGUUUACAAUGGGCAAGUAUGUUGCAUGCAGUUGGCACCCUAUUGCAUUGUAACCAUUUAAAGUAUCUAACAAAAUAGCAAUGGUUCUUGAAAAGAUCCAAACUAUUACAUUUGUUAGUGGGGCAGCUUGUUACCUAGCCCCUAGACAAAAGGUAGCAUUGCAUUUAAAACUCGUGCUGCCACCACCACCAAUUAAAACCUUGGUCCAAGACAGCGAGUGGUCUGAAAAGUAAUAUCAUUGCAUUAAAAUCAGUCGGUGGCAAAUUAGCCCGUGUGGGCCCAGCUUACUUGGAAGGGAUCAAUUAUUUAUAUAAUAAUCACUUCUAUGGGUCAUCCUCCAAACCAAGGGUUGCACUGCUGUGAAAGGUCCAAAUAGCUAGUUUCUCUUGACAAAUACGAUGUCAGGAUAAAUUUGGGGGUACCAAAAGAACCCAAUAUCACUCUGGGCUGCUGGAUACUGCGGGUGUUAUACCAAUGCCUACACUUGGUGUGUUAUGUGCACUAGGGUUCUUGGGGAGGUAUGGGGAGUUUUUUUGCAGCUAAACAUUGCACGAGUUGUACUCAUUUUCCAAAAAUAAAUUGAAAUGUAAUUGCA